CCCCCAAAUUGCUUUCUCUUUUUUCAUUUUCAGCUAGGGUUUUGCGAUAGAGAAGAAAGAAAACCAACAAGUAGUGUUAAUCAGAGAGAGUAAUGGCGAAUCCACAGGCAGUGAACUUUCUCACAGGCUUAGCUAAAGCUGCAUUUUCUCUCGGUGUUGGUGCUACAUCAGUGAACUCAUCUCUUUACACAGUUGACGGUGGUCAAAGAGCUGUUUUGUUUGAUCGAUUUAGGGGAGUUCUUGAUGAAACAGUAGGAGAAGGAACUCAUUUCUUGAUUCCAUGGUUACAAACACCUUACAUAUUUGAUAUUCGUACUAAACCCCAUACUUUCUCAUCAGUUUCUGGUACUAAAGAUUUGCAGAUGGUUAACCUAACCCUUCGUUUGUUAUCUCGUCCUGAAGUACCAUCUUUACCCUCAAUUUUCAAAACCCUAGGUACUGAAUACGAUGAGAAAGUUUUACCCUCGAUUGGUAAUGAAGUAUUGAAAGCUGUGGUUGCUCAAUUUAAUGCAGAUCAGUUGCUUACUGAAAGACCUCAUGUAUCUGCUUUGGUUAGAGAGAGUUUGAUCAAAAGAGCCAAGGAUUUUAAUAUUGUUCUUGAUGAUGUUGCUAUUACACAUUUAUCAUAUGGUGCUGAAUUUUCUAAAGCUGUUGAACAAAAACAAGUUGCUCAACAAGAAGCUGAGAGAUCUAAGUUUGUUGUUAUGAAAGCUGAGCAAGAAAGGAGAGCUGCUAUUAUUAGGGCUGAAGGAGAAAGUGAUUCCGCUAAGUUGAUUUCUGAUGCUACAGCUGCUGCUGGUAUGGGAUUGAUUGAACUUAGGAGGAUUGAAGCUUCAAGGGAGAUUGCAUCCACAUUGGCUAGGAGUCCAAAUGUUUCUUACCUUCCUGGUGGUAACAACAUUCUUCUUGGGCUGAACCCAGGUCGUUGAAUCGAAAACUUCAGAUGGUGCUAUUCUCAGAACUGCAUAGAUUGGCUGAUACUCUACUUCCUUAGGGUGGGAUUUCAAAGAUGUUCUUCUGUCUUUAGUCUUUUUUUUUUUCUACUUAAGAAGACUAAAGGGUGAUGAUAGAAGAUUUAGUAUGACUGGAUUGUGGAUGAAGAAAAUAAUACUUCCUUAGUCAAACUUCCUUUUUAGUAGGAAAAACAAUUAAAUGCGUUGUUUUUUUGAUAGGAAGGAUAAACCUUGAAUUUUGAGUUGAUUGUCUCUGUGAGAACUCCUCAAUCUGGUAAAAGGGUUUUGAUGUUUAGCUGCCAA